GGUUAUCAAAUGAAAAUCCAAAAAUCCAGAAAGCUUAUCCAUGUCCCACACGUGGGCAUUCGUCUUAGUCAAAUGGGAAGCCCCUCGUCCCGUCUUCUGCCACUCGAAGACCUUCCAUCCCCAAACACCAUUUCCUCCCACACAAUGCUAUCCAUGGCUUCCACAAGCACUUCUUGUUCUUCUCCCCUCUGCAACAAAAUCCCCAACUUCUCAAUCUCCCGCUCACUCACUCCAAUUCCCACCCACUUCCCACCACACAUUAAACUCCUAAAACCCCUCGAGCUCAAAGCCUGUUUCCACAGCUUCCCUCACCUCUCUCCUUCCCCCAGUUUCCGCCGCUCGUUGGCGGCGUUUGACGGCUUCGAAGUCAAAGAAGAUAGUGAAAGCCAAGCCGAACUAGACCCAGAAGCAGAGCUCCAUGAAAAGCAAGAAGAAGAAGAAGAAAGAGAGGAAGUGCCAAAGAGCUCAGACGCCGGGAGGCUAUAUGUAGGGAAUUUGCCUUAUAAUUUGACUUCGACCCAAUUGGCUGAGGUUUUCGGGGAGGCUGGCACGGUGGUUUUCUCAGAGAUUAUUAUAACAGGGUCACAGAUAGAAGCCGGGGAUUCGGAUUUGUCACAAUGUCAACUGUUGAGGAAGCUCAGGAUGCCAUUAGGAUGUUUGAUGGCUCUCAAGUAGGAGGUAGAACUGUGAAGGUGAACUUCCCAGAAGUGCCAAGAGGAGGUGAAAGGGAAAUUUUAGGACCCAAUAGCACAAGGACAGGGUUCAAGGUGUACAUAGAUAGUCCACACAAGGUUUAUGCAGGAAACCUUAGCUGGGGUUUAACUUCACAGGGUCUUAAAGAUGCCUUUGAAGAGCAGCCAGGGCUGUUGGGUGCCAAGGUCAUAUAUGAGAGGGUUUCUGGACGAUCCAGAGGUUUCGGGUUUGUGACAUUCGAAACUAAUGAGGCUGCGGAAUCAGCUGUCGCUGCCAUGAAUGGAGUGGAGGUUGAUGGGCGGCCUUUGCGAUUAAACAUGGCGGCAGAAAGAGCAAGGCAUGUUGCUUCCUCUCCGGCAGCACCAGAAACAACUGCACAAGACACAGAUAGUAGUGAAUUGGUCUCGCCUCCUGCAUCGGAAACAACCACAGAAGACGGAGACAGUGGCGAAUUGGUUUCCAGCGUUAGCAUCUGAAUUUAACAUUGCACUAAAGGGCAGCCUAGUACCAGUUUUACCAAACAAAAUGAUACCGAGGCUGUGGUGAUUUUUCGGUUGCAGGGGCAAAGUGAGACUCGAGUUUUUCCAAGGAGCGAAUAAUUAGGCCUUAAUCAUGUAUAAACGAAUGGAAAACAAUUUCAAAGUAAUUUUGUUUCAUGUAUAAAAUAAAUCAAUACAAAUGUACCUAUUAUUUUAAAAUGGGGCCGACAACUCGUUGGAAUUUUUCUUCA